AUGGAUCGAAGUUGGAUAUCAACAAAACAACCGGGUGACCCAGAAUAUCGAGCAGGUGUUAGAGAGUUCAUUAAUUUUGCAGUUACUAAUAGUGGAGGUCGUCCCAAGCUACCAUGUCCUUGUUAUAUGUGCCACAAUUUGCUGCUUAAGAGGCCAGACGAAAUACUCAAUCACUUGAGUAAGUGGGCAUUUGAUAAAACAUAUACCAAUUGGAUUUGGCAUGGAGAAUGUAGGGAAAAACCUCUUGUUAGUAAUGUAGAGGGUAGUGGGUGUGAAGGUGAUAGAAUAAAUGAGGCUGAUAAUUUGGAAGAUUUGUUGCAUUCAGUGAAGGAUAACUUUGAUGAUAAUCGUACCAUGUUUGAGAACAUUUUAAAUGACUCUGAAAAGCCUUUGUAUGAUGGUUGCACUAAGUAUACUAGAUUGUCUGCGAUAAUCAAGUUAUACAACUUGAAGGCAGGUCAUGGUUGGACUGAUACAAGCUUCAGCAUGCUACUAGAAGUUGUCAAAUACAUGCUUCCAGAAGACAAUGUCCUUCCAUCAGGUACUUAUGAGGCAAAAAAGAGUUUAAGCUCUAUGGGUUUACCUUACGAGAAAAUCCAUGCGUGUCCUAACAAUUGCAUGUUGUAUCGAAAUGAAAAUGAAUCUUUACAGAGCUUCUCAAUUUGUAAUGCCUCGCGUUAUAAGAAAGAUGAUGGCACAGUCCCAGCUAAGGUAUUAUGGUAUUUUCCAAUAAUACCACGGUUUAGGCGGUUGUUCUCAAAUGCAGGGUAUGCAGAGAAAUUAACAUGGCAUCAUUAUGGUCGAUUAGAUGAUGGAAUGCUUAGAAACCCCGCCGAUUCUCCACAAUGGAGGUUUAUUGAUGGAAAAUACCCGGACUUUGCAAAAGAGUAG